AUGUCCGGAGUACAGACCUACACCUCAGCGCCCCUUAAUUCCAACAAGGAAGAGGAGCCAACCCCAACUCAGGCAACCACCUCAAACGCCGAACCCGCCACCGCAAACGACGCUUCAACAUCAGCAACAAACUCCCUUCCAAAUACCUCGGAAACAGCUACAGCUACAGCCCCAUCAUACUCUCCGAUCCCUGCACCAGCGCAGAAUGCCCAACCAGGCGCCGCUCCCAGCCUCCCAACGCCAACAGCAUCAUCUGCCUAUGCCGCCCCAACAGCAAACCUAACCGGCACUCCAACAACCACCCUGCCAACAACAUCGUCCUCUCCAGCACCCCCUCAACCAGGCGCCGUACCAACCGCAUCACCACCAAACCAACAAGCACAAUCUCCCGUUCCCCCUCCACCAAAAGCAGGUGAAGCCAUCCCCCCAACAUCCACCCACCCAUCCAACAGCAACAGCACCGGCACACGCACCGCCCGCCGCAUUCACACAGUCCUACUCCUUCCACCGCUCGCCACACCCGGUCUGCCCCUGCAUAGCGGUGGGGGUGGGAGCAGCGGCGGUGGCGCGGGUGAUAUCUUCCCCGACGAGGAGGAGGGAUUCAUGGGGACGGCUAGGUCAUGGAUGCAGAGUGCCGGGACGAAGUUGGCGGAGGUCGAAGCGGAGGUGUGGAAGCGGAUUAAUGACGCGCAUGGGAAAUAG